GGCUAUCGGGAGCACCAUGUAAACACCAGGGAGCAGUGGCCGCAAAAUAUCAUAUUGGAUCUUUAAAUUUUCUUCCAUCACUAACACCUAAUAAUUGUGCAUGUUUCGCUUAUAUUGCACGUGGAGUUUCUUUCUACGCAUCAUUACAUUCUCAAACAAAUUAUAGUCAAUGUAAAAAUUAUAACUAUCCUAAGGUUUUACAUAAUGUAUUCGAAAAUACACAUGAAUUGGAAACGGCUAAUGCUGAAGUCAAUAUGGAUAUAAGCCAAACUACUGAAACUGAAUUGUGA